AAAGGAAAGGAAAAAUAAUAGAUAAAAAAUCAAACCUAAAUCGCCGUCGACAAGAGAAAAAAGAAAAAUCGCCGUCGACUCUUCUCAUCAUCUUCUUCCUACUGUCGUUGUCGUUGUCGCUGUCGCUGUCGCGUUUUCCGAAACAGAUCAGACUCAUCUCCCUCCUCCAGAUCUUGGUCCCAAAAAAUGUCUCUGCGGAAGCCUCAAAUCCCUCGUCUUCUUCUUCAAAACGUCUCUUGUAUGAGAAACGCACAGCAGAUUCUAAGACACGUGAACGUUUCUCUCCACGACGGUGGUGCCCUCGUCUUAACCGGAACCAACGGAUCAGGUAAAUCAACGUUCUUGAGAAUGCUAGCCGGAUUCUCAAAACCCUCUGCAGGUGAAAUCCUUUGGAACGGUCACGACAUUACACAAUCAGGGAUCUUCCAACAAUACAAACUCCAGCUCAACUGGAUCUCUUUGAAAGACGCCAUCAAAGAGAGGUUCACGGUUCUUGACAAUGUCCAAUGGUUUGAGCUCCUAGAGAACAAGAUUGGUAAAGCUCAACCAGCUUUGGAGCUAAUGGGUUUAGGGAGAUUGGUGAAGGAGAAAUCGAGAAUGUUGUCGAUGGGUCAGAGGAAAAGGUUGCAACUUGCGAGGCUGCUCGCUAUCGAUAGACCCAUUUGGCUUUUGGACGAACCAUCUGUUGCUUUGGAUGAUGAAGGAGUUAGGUUGCUUGAGUUUAUAAUUGCAGAGCAUAGGAAAAAAGGAGGGAUUGUCAUCGUUGCGACUCAUCUUCCUAUUGAGAUUGAAGAUGCUAUGAUCUUGAGGCUUCCUCCUAGAUUUCCUAGGAAAAUGACUUUGAUUGAUAUGCUUGAUCGUGCAGACAUUUCUUAGUAGAAUCAAAGAGAGUUUGUAUCUGAGAUUGUUUUAUUUUGUAACUUGUGUAAUGGAAUGUUUA